AUGGCUACAGCACGAAAUCUUUGCCAACAUUCAGAUAUCGAUGGUACACAAUGCACAUCAAACGACUAUAUCUCAUGUCCACAUUGUCAAUUACAAUUGUGUCUUAAACAUUUGAAUUACCAUCAAGAAUUACUUCGUUCAGAUCUCUUGGAUCUUACUGAUCAAAUUGAUGAAGUUCAUUGCAAUCUGAACAAUCUUAUAUUUGACUCAACUAAUUAUCGACAAGAAUUAUUUGAACAACUGGAUCAAUGGUAUCGUGAACGCAUUGAUUAUGUAAAUAGACUUUAUUCGGAAAAAAAGCAGGAAUUACACAUGCUAUGUACACAAGCGUAUACUGAAUUUGAAAUGUAUAAAGACAAGAAGAAUAAACAAUUAAAAGAAAACUUAUUGAAACAACUACAGAAAGUUUUAAAACAAAAACAAGUUAAUAUCGAUGAUUUCAAUGAAAUGAAAAUGAAAUUAAACGAUAUCGAACGAGGUUUAAAUGAAUUAAAAUACUUACUCAUUGAUGUCUAUCCAGAUAAUACAAUGAUGAAUAUACAUUUUGUCAAAAGACGUUACAUUGAAGCAGCGAAGCCAUCAUUUGAUAUUGAUGAUGACGAUAAUCAAUGGGAUACAGAUGACGACGAUGGUACGAAUGAGAAAAUAAAAUCAUCUGAAGAUAUUCAAAUAAUCGAACAAAUGUCCACACCACCUGAUAUCAUUAUAUUACCUUCACUGAAAACAACUCCUUCAUUGUCUUGUUCAUCAACGACAAUUAUCAAGAAAGAACCAUUGAAAUUUAUCAUCAAACGAUUGCAACAACCAACAGCAUCAACGAAAGUCAAAUAUAAAUUGCACACGGUAGCGACAUCACCAUCAGUGCUUCGAACAUAA